AUGGUCGGCGCAGAACUAGUAGCGGCGUCGACACAGUUCGCAAGAAACAUUGCAUUCGACUCGCCGUCGAUAAACCACCCGUUUCUCGCAAUCCCCAGACGAGGGCCUCUAGACAAGCGCACAGUGUACACUGGUCCCCUCUUCUUCUCGCAUGGCGUCGCCAGCGGAGAUCCAUAUGCAGACUCCGUCAUCCUCUGGACUCGUGCAGUUCCGUUGGAUGUCAACGAAACAACACAUUUGUACGAGGACAAGAAGCCAGUCUGUGUAGCAUGGGAAGUCUGGCAGGACUAUGCGUGCGAGGAGAGACCGAGGAAGAUUUUCAGCAGUGGGAAGACGGAAACAUCGGGUGACGUCGAUUAUACCGUCAAAGUUGAGGCUACUGGGUUGGAACCUUUCCAGACUUACUAUUACAAGUUUGCAGCCUGUGAUGGAAGCUCUGAGAGUUCUUCUGGGAGGACGAAGACUAUUCCUGCGCCUGAUGCCUGGGUCGAUAAGGUCACCUUUGCGGUUUAUUCCUGUGCUAACUUUGCGGAGGGUUUUUAUAACGCGUACGGAACCCCAGCCAGGAAGGACAAAAUGGACUAUGUUAUUUUCUUGGGAGACUACUCGUAUGAGUACAUGGAGCCUUCCUUCCUGCCUGGAAGAACCCCCAUGCCCUUCAAGGAAACUAUUCAAUUGGUCGACUACAGGAUUAGAAUCGCUAUGCAAAGGCAAGAUCCAGACCUAUCGUUCAACCAUGCCAACUUCCCCUGGUUCAGUGUCUGGGAUGACCAUGAGGUCGCAAAUAACGGCUGGAAGGACGGCAGCUCCGAAGAUAGUAAUAUGAUCAAAGAGGGAAUUACAUGGGACCAGCGCAAGAAUAAUGGACUUCGUGCACACUUUGAGUGGAUGCCAAUCCGUCAGGUUGACUCGGACGACUACUUCCGGAUUUGGCGCAACUUCAAGUUUGGAAAGUUGGUUGACUUGAAUAUGCUUGAUACUCGUUACUACGCCCGUGACAAGGGCGAUGAUAUCCCUGGAGCCGCAUCGCCAAAUAGGACCAUGCUCGGCGCAAACCAAGAAAAAUGGCUAUACGAUCAGUUCGACGAGAGCAAGGAUCGCGGUGCAAUUUGGAACGUGAUGGGCAAUCAAGUGCAGUUCUCCAACAUGAAUGAAACGGCUGUCAGUGGCGAUGCUCUGUAUUAUGACGGGUGGAUGGACUACCAAGCCCAGAGAAAUCGGAUUAUGCAAAACAUCAUUGAUAGAAGGCAGUUGAAUACCGUUAUCCUAACGGGUGACUACCACGCCCUAUGGACCGCAGAGUUGACAUAUCCUGAAAAGAUGAAGUAUAAUCAUCUCAACGGCGAUGGAGCUAUUGGUGUCGAACUUGCUACGACAGCUGUUUCGAGCUACAGUGGUUACGGUCUUCUCAAGGAUAAGGAGUACUGUCAGAAUAUCUCAGCUAGGGUUGUAGCGGACAACGAACAAGUCAAAUGGGCAGAAGGUUUCUACCGUGGGUACUUUGUCGUUAAGUUUACCCCCCAAGAAAUGAAAGCCGAUUAUUUCAGCAUGGAAGUGACCGAGAGAACCGACGAUGAGAUUCUAGCAGCCACGUGGAUCUCAGAGGCUGGUACCAACAAGUUCAAAAGGCCGUUUGGGAAGGUAAAAACGGGUGUCCUGCAGACCGAGUUAAACCCUUGGGCGCACAGGAGUUGA